GUCAUGAAUGACUUACACUCUGAGGGGAAACAGGAAUUUAUGCAGAUCAUAAAUAGAAUAGAAUAGAAUUUUAUUGGCCAACUGUGAUUGGACACACAAGGAAUUUGUCUUGGUGCAUAUGCUCUCUGUACAUAAAAGAAAAGAUACGUUCAUCAAGAAUCAUAAGGUAGAACACUUAAUGAUAGUCAUAGGGUACAAAUAAGCAAUCAGGAAACAAUAUCAAUAUAAGGAUCCAAGCAACAAAGUUACAGUCAUAAGUGGAAGGAGAUGGGUGGUGGGAAGGAUGAGAAGAUUAAUUUAUUAUCUUUUAGAUGCAAAUUAAACUAAUUUGCAUCUAAACAGCAGAAGUCUUUAAAGAUAACCAUUGGGUAGAUGUAAGGUCCAAUAAUAAUAUGUUUAAGCUCAUAAAUGCCAAACAAGAAACUUAAACAGAGGCUUGAAUAACAUAGCAUUUCAUCUUGAUCAAGCUUAAAUGGGUAGCUGUUCCAAACACAUACAAGAUAUAUGCAGGUAAGAGCUAUAAAUGAGAGGGAAUGUGAAUCCCUUUUAUAUUGUUUAGGAACGUCAUAAACCUCUAAUUCUGACAUCUUUGAUUUGUGUACCCCCUGGAACAGGGUAGAGCCUCUUAAUGAGCCUCAUUACCUCUUUCCUUUGUUCUCACAAUUAACCACUUGACCCCUUGAUGUGAAGGGAACGGAACUCAACACAGAUUGAGUGUUAGCAUCUCCAAUCUGAUACAUUGUGGGUGGAGGAGAGAGAAAGAUAAGACUCUAGUUUGACAAAUACCAGAUACUUUACAACAGACCCCAAUAACAACAUGUUUGUUCCAGGAAGUUAGUCAAUGUGGCAUGUUCGUGUUAUAACUUCAAAGGCACAAUAUACCUAUAUGUAUGUGUCACAGGAAACAAAUAUUUACAGCAUGCAGGUAUACAAAGACAUAUAUAAACACACACACAAACGUAUGUAUGUAUGUAUGUGUAUGUUGCAGGAAACAAAUAACAAGUUUCUACUAAUUCUAGUAUUUCAGUAUAUCUUUAUUACCAUUUCCUUACAUAAUGAAGAUCAGUAAUGUCCUUGUGGCAUAGGCUUUGAUGAACCAGUUUUCUUCAAAGAUUAAGCAGCUGCUGUUAUUUUGUGAAUAAAUCAGAAACGCUUCUGCUAAAUUUUACUAAAGUGAAAGAAGAUUCCCAAAUGACAUGUUCUUUCAGGCUGUGGGACUUAACAUUAUUGGUUAAUUAGCAUCUACUUAAUUACAAGUCAAAGUACCGAUAUAUAAAAGCCAAAGUAUAUGUAAAUUGAAAAGAUCUGAAGCCAGUAAAAAUACAGUCAGGUUUUAUUGAACUGUCAUACAAAAUGUGAUUGACUAAUCCUUUUUUAUUGUUGAUAUUGAUGUAUAAAUACCUCAUGAGGAUAUUGAUAAAGACAGUGUAGACUGGAACAGUGAGUCUAUUCAGUGUAUUAACUCUUCCAUUUCAGUGUAAGUGAUCUGUCUAUCCCCAUACUAAGAAUGCUAAAAAUGGUGUAAGAAGACAUCGUUGAGAUUGGGAAAUAUAAAAUCUUCAUAUUCCAUCUACAAGCAUUAUUCCUUUUGUAAAUGAAAGCUGUAGUUGAAAGAAGAUUUAGUCACAAACUCAGGUCUAAGAGAGGUAUGCUCAAAAAAGGGACUGGUUCAGAGCCUAGUUCUUGUGUUUCUGUUGUGUGAAUCCAGGCAAUGUUGAUCAGAGAUGAAUGAAAUGAGUCUGAGCCCUGUGGGGAUGGAACAACUGGCAGCUGCUUCUGUGAGCAAUGCCCUGGCUGUUGCAGGAAAUCACAUAGCUUUGACCUCCUCACCCACCCAUAAUGCUAUACCAGCACCAGGAUUACCAGUUGCAAUUCCAAAUUUGGGGCCCUCAUUACCGUCUGCUUUGUCUCUGAUGCUUCCAAUGGGCAUUGGAGAUCGAGGAGUGAUGUGUGGUAUACCAGAAAGAAAUUAUACCCUACCUCCACCACCAUACCCUCAUCUAGAAAGCAGCUACUUUAGACACAUUCUACCUGGUCUCAUAUCUUACUUAGCUGACAGACCUCCACCUCAGUGUAUUCACCCCAACAAUAUCAAUGUUGAUAGUAACUCAGCUUUAUCUGUCUCCAAUAAUCCUUCAGACUUAGAUCCUUACCAGCCCAAUGGAUCUGUGGGUCUUGAAGCAGGCAUUGUCUCCAUGGAUUCUCGUUCAGUGAACGCACAUAACACUCAAAGUUUGCAUCCCAGUGAUGGCCAUGAUGUAGCUCUGGAUACAACAAUUACCAUAGAAAGUGUUUCAAGAGUUACCAGUCCAAUUUCAAGCGACAGAAUGGCUGAAGAGCUUAGGAUGAGUGAUGUAGGUGGGGAUCAUUCACAAAUUGCAAAUGGCAGCCGUAAUCAUGAGCCUCUAGCAGUGGAUGGUGGUUUAGCCUCAGAAACUGUGGGGCAUAAUGGUGUCAUCCCCAUCCAUGGUAACAGUUUGGAACUUCCUGUUGUUAUGGAGACUGAUCACAUUUCAGGCCGUGUCAAUGGGAUGCCUGACCGAACACUUGGGGACUCUAUUCAUACAGUGGCCAUGAGCAGCAAUUCUGUGAGUGUUGCGCUUUCUACCUCACAUAAUCUCACUUCCUUGGAAUCUGUCUCAUUACAUGAAGUGGGUCUCAGCUUGGAGCCUGUGACAGUAUCCUCCAUUAACCAGGAAGUAGCCAUGGGACAAAAUCAUGUGGAUGUCUCUCCAGACAAUCUUGCUUUUGUGCCAUCAUCAUUGCAGAUGGAAGAUUCCAAUUCCAAUAAAGAGAAUAUGGCUACAUUGUUUACAAUAUGGUGCACACUCUGCGACAAGGCUUACCCAUCAGAUUGCCCAGAUCAUGGGCCAGUGACUUUUGUUUCUGACACUCCAAUAGAGAGCAGGGCCAGACUUUCUCUUCCAAAACAGCUUAAUAUCCGCCAUGCUGUCAUGGGACCUGAAGUUGGUGGACAAUAUUGUCAAUUAUCAACUUGUCUUGGAACUCCUUCCUUAGGUGUGUGGACUCGGGAAACUAUUCCUGUCCGUACCUGCUUUGGACCACUCAUUGGUCAACAAAGUCACUCAGUAGAAGUAGCUGACUGGACAGACAAAGCAGCCAAUCACAUUUGGAAGAUGUAUCACAAUAAUGUCCUGGAAUUCUACAUCAUCACAACGGAUGAAAAUGAAUGUAACUGGAUGAUAUUUGUGCGGAAGGCCAGGAACCGGGAAGAACAGAAUCUGGUAGCCUAUCCUCAUGAUGGAAAGGUUUACUUCUGCACCUCACGUGACAUUCCUCCAGACCAGGAGCUCCUUUUUUACUAUAGUCGUGACUAUGCCCGGCAGAUUGGUGUUCCUGAGCAUCCUGAUGUGCAUACUUGUCACUGUGGAAAAGAAUGUGCCUCCUAUGCAGAGUUUAAGGUCCAUCUGAGUAGUCAUCUCCACAGCCACUUCCCCAGUCAGGGACACAGCAGUACCCCUGGAUCAGGACACAGUAAGGAAAGGAAAUGGAAAUGCUCUAUGUGCCCUCAAGCUUUUAUAUCACCUUCUAAGCUUCAUGUUCACUUCAUGGGGCAUAUAGGUAUGAAGCCACACAAGUGUGAUUUCUGUAGCAAGGCCUUCAGUGAUCCCAGCAAUCUGCGUACCCAUCUUAAAAUUCAUACAGGCCAAAAAAACUAUCGCUGUACACUCUGUGAAAAAUCUUUUACUCAAAAGGCACACCUAGAGACACAUAUGGUUAUCCACACUGGAGAAAAAAAUCUGAAAUGUGAUUAUUGCGAUAAACUAUUUAUGCGGCGUCAAGAUCUCAAACAGCAUGUGCUCACCCAUACACAAGAACGUCAAAUCAAAUGUCCACAAUGUGAGAAGCUAUUCUUAAGGACAAAUCACCUAAAGAAACAUUUAAACUCUCAUGAAGGAAAAAGGGAUUAUGUGUGUGAAAAGUGUUCCAAGGCUUAUUUAACAAAAUACCACCUUACUCGCCAUCUAAAAAUUUGUAAAGGACCAACCUCUAGUCUCUCAGCCCAAGAAGAGGAGGAGGAAGAUUCUUCAGAGGAGGAAGAAUUGAUAAAUUCUACAACAAAUGAAAAUUGCCAACUCAGAACCACCAUGUAUGUGACAGCUAAUACACUUUCUUGUCACAAAUAAGACAAUUCCUAAAGCGAUCGUUUGUUUAAACUUACACUCAGUGGCCAAAUUCUCAUCUAUAAUGAAAAUGGCCUAUCUGUUUUCAGAGUGAUUGCCAGGAACAUUAAAACAAUAUAAUUACUAUGUUCAUCUAUUAAAACGGUAUCAUUGGUGACUUGGUUGUUGCAUGAUGGAUACAGCUGAAACAGCAUCAGCUGUCUCUGUUAAAGAUAUACUUAAUGUGAAAGUAUGCACAAACCAAAUUUUUUUCAUUAAAGUGUUUUUUUAUUGGAAAAAAGUUUGUAGCUUAACUUAGUUCAUUAAAUUGAUAUUUGUUGUAUAUCAAUGAAUUAUUUGCUCAUUUGUUGACAAUUGAGCAUUCCGAGAGAAUUAGAAAACAAAAAUAAAGUAUGGGAAUCAGAGUAAGGCAUGCUAAUGCUUGUGUUUGAAAUGCAAGCUUAGUUUUAGCAUGAAUUUUACAUACAAAGGUUAUUCAUGUAACUUUGUCUAUACUGCAACCAAUAACCACUUAUUUUGAAAGGGAAAUUCUGCUGCUAUUAUAUUUAUGGAAUGAAGGUAUCAUUAAGAUUUGUUUUCUUACAGAAAAUUAAAAUACUGCUUUUUAAUGUG